AUGUCCCAAUCGGAGAAUUCCAUGCAAUUGUUGCAACAACUGCUGCAGCAGCAGCAGCAGCAGCAACAACAACAACAACAGCAUCUUGAGGAAGUGCAACGGGCGUUGCACUUCCUCUUCGAAGGGCUGCAGCAUGGGCAGCAGCAGCAGCAGCAGCAGCCGCAGCCGCAACAGCCGCAGCCGCAACAGCCGCAACUGGAACAGCCGCAGCCGGAACAACCGCAGCCGCAGGAGCUGCAGCCACAACCGCAGCCGCAGCAGCAGCAGCCACGGCCAAAACGAAAAAAAGAGGUGCCGGCCGCGCGCGGGCCCACUGGCGAACCCAGCGAUGGGGCUUUUGGGGUGCUGGCCGAGGGGGAGGCCGAAGCAGCGACGUCAAUGACAGAGGUGGUGGCCGAGGCGGCGACCGAGGCGGCGGCCGAGGCGGCGGCCGAGGCGGCGGCCGAGGCGGCGGCCGAGUUUCUGCACGUUGGCGUUGUAAAACUCCUUCUUCUAGCGUCAGCUGUUUCGCUUCCACCUUUGCUGUUGAGCGGUAUAACCCACGCAUACUUGCUCAACACAUCGAUGACGGGUUAUUGCAACUAA